AAACUAAAUUAGUCCAUAUACUCCCCCUUCCACCACACGUAUAAUCUACUCUCACACCUAAAUUACUAUUCAUAUUCUUCCCCAAUUGCACAAAAUAGAGAACCCUUCCCUAAUUUAGAGUUUCAGCUCUCUCCCCUCCAUCAUCUUCUCCUUUCCUCUCCCCCCUUUCUCGGUUCUCCCUCUUCCUCUCUUUCUCCUCUCCCUUUUUCCUCUCUUUCUCUCUUCUCUUUCUCGGCUAUGCUCACGCCGCCGCCACCGCCACCGCCACCGCCACCACCGCUGCUGUACGCGCGGCUGCUCGCCGUCGCGGCCCUCCACCUCCCUCUCUCGAUUUCCACCGACAUCACACCAUCGCUGCUCCACCUCCUCAGCUCCCCCCCUCUCUCCCGAAUCUGCCGCCGCCGCCACUGUGCAUGCACAGGCGGCGGCUCCGCCGCUUCUUCUCCACGCCUCGCGCUGCCGGAGCAGCUCCCCGAAGCCACCACAGUCGCCACCUCCUCGCCGGAUUCCCGAAAGGAAAAAUCCCGUUUAAGCUCGUGGCUUUGGUGUAGGAAAAUAAAUAGCAUCCAUAGUCUUCCCUGAUAAUGUACUGGACUUUCUUGGAGUGCGAGCACGACCGUUGAACGGGCUGCGUGAACUUUUCUCUAAUUGUAAUAGAUAAGGAUUUGAUAAAUUUGUAUAAUAGUAAUUUAGCGGACUUCGGAAAUAUGUCGGACAUUAUAAAUUUUUAUUUGGUGUUA